AGUUUUGAAAUUCGGUUUUUCAAGUUUCAAAAUCGUUAUGUGAUUUAAAAAGGUUUAAUGUUCAAUCGCCGGGAAAAGUUUUGAUGUAAUUGAGAAUGCAGGACAGUCACAAGUCGUUCCUUAUAAAGGACCUCCUGGGCGAUGUUUUGAGACCUGGCGUGGGAGUCCCAGGAACAGCUCAUGAGGCAGAGGAAUCAGAAGCCAGGUGCGACUCCGCCGCCACACACAACCCUGAGGAUUCCGACAUCGAGGACGACAUCUCAGUGGGCGACAACCGCUCGGACACCUCCUCGCCCAACAAGUUACAAGUUUCUUAUGAGAAUGAUCCCGAUAAUUGCAUGAAAGCAGAUCAGAAAAGAGCAGAUUCUGAGAAUGACCGAGCGUCACCAACGGAGUUUUCCAACCGAAUAUCAAAUUCCGAAUAUUCUUCUCCUUUCAAAGAAGAUGACCACGAAUUCGAGAGGCCAGAGGAAUCUAUGAAGUUAUACGAGGGAUCUCUAUUUCAACUAUACAGGCAUACAGACAGGGAAGGCCAUAAGGAAGGCGACGGUGAGAGGAGUGCGUUCGAGAUCGCUGGCUCUUUGUCUGACAGCAUCUAUGGCAGGUCGAUGGACUUAACCAAGAGUUCGUUCCAGUCGCAGCUGCUGGCUGGCUUCGCGUCCGUCAUGGCGGGGGGCUCGCAGAGGGAAUCGCAAGACCCAAACAAUCGUCAAUCGUCCAACCGCACCGGUGGCACGCCGACCUCUGGCCGCAAGCCUCGCCGUCGCAGAACAGCCUUCACCCACGCGCAGUUGGCGUACCUGGAGCGCAAGUUCCGCUGCCAGAAGUACCUGAGCGUGGCUGACAGGGGAGACGUCGCCGACGCGCUCAACCUGAGCGAAACACAGGUCAAGACUUGGUACCAGAACAGAAGAACAAAAUGGAAGCGCCAAAACCAGCUCCGCUUGGAACAGUUACGGGCGCAAGCGGCGAGCGGUGAGCGCGAACUUUCUGCCCAUGCGCUUCCACUCGCUUGCGCGCUCCUGCCUCCAUAUCCCGCGUACAUGCACUGCCAUCUAUGAAGAGUAUAAACAGAGGUAUACGAGUAGUACGCGUCACAAAACCAGCUUCGCUUGGAACAGUUACGUGCGCAAGCGGCGAGCGGUGAGCGCGAACUUUCUGCUCAUGCGCUUCCACUCGCUUGCGCGCUCCUGCCUCCAUACCCCGCGUACA